ACCUAAGCACAAUCAUUCCGGAAUCUGUCUGUGAUUUUUUUGCACAUUAGUCACUUUAUUUAAGUCUUUUUUUUAUUAAUAAAAUGUUUAAUUUGUAUAAAUUCUUGAAAAAUUAAAGAAUUUAUAUAAUUUUUUGUUCAUCAUUCGUUUUCAAUUUGCUAUGUAUCACAAAUAUCAUGAUUACAGAUUUUAAAUUAGUGACAGUCGACAGUGAAUUAAUAGUUAACCUGUAAAAUUGUAUAUUUAAUUUUUUAAAUUAUUAUGAAGUCCGGAAUUACAAUGGAGCAUAGAGGGUCUGUUCUAUUAAAUGCAGAGGAGAACAAGCAAGUUUUCGAACUAAUUGGAAAUCGUUGUUUGUGUUUAGCAACGGGUAUAAUUCAGUUGUACUUGACUGAACCACCUUCACAUAACGAGUGGUUAAAAAGAAGUACUGGCGUAUUAACAUUAAUAAGGGAUAAUCCAAAACGAAGCUUUUUCUUAAGAUUAUAUUGUCUUCAAAGGAAAGCCAUGCUUUGGGAACAUGAAAUUUACAAUGCCAUCGAAUACAAAGCUCCUGCACCGUACUUCCAAACAUUUGAAGGAGAAGAGAGUAUGAUGGCCUUUAAUUUUGCAAGUGAAUACGAUGCAUUUGUUUUAAGGAAUGCACUUAUUGGUAUACUUGAAGCAAAACGUCAGAAAAAACAAAAGCGUGCAUUAAGAUCUUCAGAAGUGAUGGAAAGUACAAAAGGCGAGCCACAAGUAGAAUUGUCAUCAUCGUCAGGAAAUUUGUUUAAUGGUUCACCUAUGGCUCCAACCGUUAAUAAAAGUAUAUCAAGUGGCUCUGUGUUUGAAAAAAAGAAAAAGCACAGAGACAACGAAAAGAAACGUAAAUUAAGAAAAGAAGAUAUUGGCCUUCCUCAUAAUUUCAGACACGUCACUCAUGUGGGGUGUAAUGCAGAUAAUAAACAUUUAGAAUUGGGAUCAAUUGACCCCCAACUUAAAGAAGUAUUUACAACUGCUGGUGUAUCUGAUAAUCAGUUGAAAAAUCCAAGGAUGCGAGAUUUUAUUUACGAUUUUAUUGAUAAUCACGGUGGGAUACAAGCAUUUGUGAAAGAAAAUGCUCUAUUGAAUGUCAAGAAAAGUGAAGUUCAAGAUUCAAAACCGCAAAAUACCUUAGAGCCUCCGCCACCUGUACCACCUCGAACUACUUCUGCAGUUAUGUCACCAUCAAAUAAUGGUCAAACACGAACGGCUCCUCCAUUACCUCCAUCAAAAACAAUUCCUUCUGCAAAUGCUCCAUCGAUGCAUAAAGUAAUUCCAACACGUCCUCCGCCUCCAACAAAUUCUGCAUUUUUCCAACCAUCUCAACCACCUCCACCUCCUCCUCCUCCACCAUCUUCAAAAGAUGCUCCUGUAUUAUCAAUACCACAGCCACCUCCAUUACCAAUUUUCAACGAUGUUGAUGUCGAAAGCAAUAGAAAAGUUGAAAAUGAUUUAAGUAGUGCAAAAAGUAAUAACAGCCAAAGUGAAGAUUGUCGUUCAAUGCUUAUGGAAUCCAUUAGAAGUGGUACUACCCUCAAGAAAGUUACUAAAGACGAAGCAAAACCGAGACCUUCAGUUGAUACAAGGAGCGAUCUUUUGUCUCAAAUUCGUCAAGGUAUUGAGCUAAAGCCAGUUUUAAAUGAACCAAAACGAUCUACUGUAUCAGUUCCUCAAGAUGGUUUAAUUGGAGCACUUUCAAGAGCUUUAGCUGAACGUUCAAGAGCUAUACAUAGUGACAGUGAGGACUCGUUUAGCGAUUCUAGUGAAGAAGAUGAUUGGGAUGAUUAGCAAUAUAUAUAUAUAUUAAAAAAAAUUAGGGUAAUUUAUAGUCUUCC